AUGCCGGUGUACAAAAUAUGUUCAAUACCCGUGUCGUUUCCAUACGAGGCGUAUGAGUGCCAGAUUGUGUACAUGACUCAAGUCAUGCAGUCUCUCCUUCAGGGCGGAAACGGGCUGCUGGAAUCGCCGACGGGGACGGGGAAGACGCUCUGCCUGCUCUGCGCGUCCUUGGCGUGGCAGGCGAACCUCAUUCGCGCAAAGAAGCGCCGGGAAGCGCAGCAGCGGAAAGCCGUGCGCGAGGGGCGGGGGACAGUGCGCCAACCAAGUCAGGAGGCGGAAGACGGGGGAUACGCAGCAGUGCGCACGUCGCAGGGGUCGCACGAAUCGUCGCAGGGCUCGCAGGGGAUGGGGUCCCAGGGACUAGGGUCGCAGAGGAUGGGGAAGCAGCAAGGAGCCGCGGGGAUGGGAGGCGGGGAACACGGCGGGGGGAUCCAGAAGGGGGGGAACGGGGGGCCGCGGAACGGUUUCCCAGGGGGAAGUGGCGGAGUAUGUCAAGCGGCGGAGGAAGACGGCCUGGGCGGAGAGGAAGAGGAGCGCAUCCCGACGAUUAUCUAUGCGUCGCGCACACAUGCGCAGCUGCAGCAAGUGGUGCGAGAGCUGAAAGCGACCACGUACCGGCCACGCAUGUGCAUUCUGGGGUCACGAGAGCACACGUGCGUGCACAGGAAGGUGGGCAAGCUGAAGGGCAAGGCGCAGAACCACACGUGCAGGCAGCUGGUCAAACGCCGCAAGUGCCACCACAACCUCAUGGCCGCAGACUAUGUAAGGAUGAACCCACAGAAGGCAUCAGAGCCGCAUGACAUUGAAGACCUCGUGAAGCUGGGCCAGAUGGAAGGACCCUGCCCCUACUAUGUCUCACGAGGCUUCCUGGAAAAAGCGGAGAUCAUCUUCAUGCCGUACAACUACGUGCUGGACCAGGAUUAUCGCAAGAACCUCAAAGUGCUCGAGAUGAAAGGAGCCGUGCUCAUAUUUGACGAGGCGCACAACCUGGAACGCCUGCUAGCAGAUCAAGCCUCUGUGCAGCUCUCCACGUCACUCCUCUCCGCCUGUGCAGCCGAAGCCGCCAAAUGUGCCGCCAUUGCCACUGCCCGCCUUGCCUUUCCACCCUCCAGCAGCCAAUUUUCGGAGGGGGGUGAUGGGGGAAUGGGCGGCGGCGGUGGGAAAGGGGGACGGGGAGGAAGAGGGGGGCGAGGAAGGGGAAGAGGAGGCGGAAGGGGAGGGGGAAGGGGAGGGGACGUGAUGGUGGGAGGGAUUGGUUAUGGGGAUGUUGGAGGAGGAAGAGGAGGAGGAGGAAGAGGAGGGGGAGGAGGAGAAGGGGGAGGGGUAGUGGGGGAAGUGCAGCCGGACACAUUCAGCAUUCUGCAGGGUCUGCUGCUGGCCAUAGAGAGAAAGCUCCUUGACUUCCCCAUGCACAGCUUCGUCCAUGGCUUCGCUGUUGCUGCCCGCACUGCUGGUGCAGCUGCUGGCGGAUCUGGUGCUGCCUCUGGCGCUGCUGCUGCAGGGGGCAUGGGUGCUGGAGCAGGGGGGGCAGGGAGUGGAGGCGAGUGGAAGAAAGGGAAAUUGGUUGGGGGAGGCGAGGAGGUGGGGGUAGCGUUUCCAGGAAGCUACAUUUACGAGUUCCUGGCACAGCUGAACAUCAAUCAUGUGACCGUGAUGUCCCUGUUCGCCACUGUACAGCAUGCAUUGCUGCUUCUCACUGAUGAUGCUGCAGCGUUGUCACCAGGCGAAGCAGAGGCUGGUGGAGCAGCAGAGGCAGGCGGGGAGCAGAGGAAUGGGGGCACGGAGGGAGGGGCGUCAGGGCGAGGAGCAGGGAACCCGGCCAUGUCGUUCCGCCUGGAGCAGCUGUGGGCAGCUCUGCAGCUCAUCUUCCCGCCCACUGGACCCACCUCCCACGCCAAUUCCUUCAAGGUGUGCAUAACAGAGCGCAAGGUGAAGGCAAGGAGAAACGCAUCAGUGGCUGCCUCCACCCCCUCCGUGGUUCGGACGCUCAACUGGUGGUGCUUCGACCCGGGCCUUGUGAUGCAGCAGAUCAGAGUGCUGGGGGUGCGAUCCAUGCUGCUCACCAGUGGCACCCUCUCCCCUCUGCAGCCCUACGCUUCAGAGCUGAGAGUGCCCUUUCAGCAGCAGCUGGAGAACAGGCACGUGAUCAGCCAGGAGCAGGUGUGGGCGGGUGUGUUGCCUGUGGGGCCGUCAGGGGUGGCCCUCAACUCGGGCUUUAAGACGCGCUCUCAACACGACUACCUGCAAGACAUGGGCUCUGCUAUAGUCAACAUAUGCCGCAUCGUCCCGGGCGGCGUGCUUGUCUUCUUCCCCUCCUACUCAUGCAUGGACUCGUCGAUUCAAGCCUGGCAGCUUCCCCCUGCAGGGCGGCACGAUUCGGCAGCAUUAUCGGUGUGGCAGCGCAUCGGCAUGCAGAAGCAGGCAGUGGUGGAGCCACGGGACUCGGCGCUGCUUGGUGAAGCGAGGGAGGACUAUGUGCGGAAGCUAGAGGAGGAAGGUUCCAAGGGAGCUGUGCUGUUUGCCGUGUGCAGGGGCAAGGUGAGUGAGGGAAUUGACUUUGCCGACCAUCUCUCCCGCGCUGUUGUCAUCACAGGCAUCCCGUACGCACAGCAGCUCAGCCCGCAGGUGGUGCUAAAGAAGGAAUAUCUGGAUGAGCGCAUCACGGCCCACCAGCACCACCUGUACCAGCAUCCAGAGGCAUUCGCCUCCAACUGCGCCUCCAUUUCGCCAGUAUCAGGAGCGCAGUGGUACACUCUCGAUGCCAUACGAGCCGUGAACCAGGCAGUGGGGCGAGUGAUUCGCCACCGCCACGACUUUGGCUCCAUUAUCCUGCUGGACGAGAGGUUUGCAGAGCCCAAGCUCAAGGACCGUCUCUCCAUGUGGAUCCGCCCUGCUCUCAAGGUAUACAGUGGGUUCGGCGAGGCGGCAUUCUCCCUCACCAAGUUCUUCCGCAGCCAGCCCAACGGAGCCUGCCCCAAGCCAACCUGCCCAGACCCAACCGCCCCAAGCCCCACCCAUUCGCCCACCCACAUGCAUCCUGCUGCUGUCACUGCUGCUGCUGCUCCCACCACCGGCGCUUGCCCCAUGACCUCCAAGCAUGCAGCAGAAGCUGCUGCUGCUGGUCUGCCAGGAAUGGACGUUCUUCCCCCGUUUCCCACCAGCCGGUCCCUGCUAGACACAGACCCCUUGCUGGUGCCAGCAGCCAAUGAGGUGUCAGUAGCAAGGCGGCAGGGAGCAGCCACGAGGGGGAAAGAAAGCAGUGGUGAUGGGAACGAGGGUGCUGACAGAGACAGAAAUGCUGCAGGAGGCGUUGACAGGAGUCAGGCGGGUGGAGAGGUGAAGCUUGAGGGUGGCAUGGCAGGGAAGAACUCGCGAGUGCCCUCUCUCUUCUCCCCCACCAUUCCCCGCCUGCCUGUAACCUCCACCUCCUCCCUUCUCGCUGCUGCUCGUGCCCACGUGAGCACACACCAGCCUGCACCCAAUGCAAAUGUAUCAGCUAAUCUUGAGACAUCUCAAGUGCAGCAGCAGAAAGCAUCCAAGCAGCAUGAGUCAAGCACACUACUAGCAGCACCCCUGAGACCACAAGCACCCAGCACUCAACACCUACCAGCGACCCAGCAAGAACCAGCCACGCCACCCCAACCAGCCUGCAAAGCUUAUUCCACCACCAUACGAAAGUCAACCACGAAAUGCGUCUCCCCUGCCUCUCCCACCAUUGACUUGACUCAAGACUACGCACCACCCGACUCUGCUGCUUCUCCUCCCUGCUGCUCCCCUCCCGCGUCCCCUCCUCUCCCGUCUGCUACGAAUGGUGUCUCCCCUGCCUCUCCCGUUAUUGACUUGACUCAAGACUGUGAACAACCUGACCCUGCUGCUGCUGCUCCUCCCUGCUGCUCCCCGCCUGUGCCCUCUGCUUUGCCUCCCGCCUAUUUCCCUGAGGCCGAUAAAGGGAGGAGAGGGACUGGGCAGGCGGGAGGGAAGAGGAGGCGGGAUGUGGAAGCUUUGCAGGAUGGACGGGUGGCGGAUAGAAAUGGAAUGGGAAGGAGAGGAGCAGAGGGGGCGAAAGGUGACGAUGCAGAGAGGCGGAUGGAGGGUGGAGAUGCAGCGAUGAGGAUUGGAGAUGUUGAGAUGAUGAUGAACGGUGCAGAUUCAGAGAGGGAGAUGAAGGGUGGAGAUGCAGGGAAGAGGAGGGCGAGCGGGGAAGGAAGGGAGUGGAGCGAGCAGCAAACUGAAGCAGGCACUGGAUUAGCAGGUGCAGGAGAUGCAGGGCGAGAAGUAUUAGUGGGCCAUGGGGAUUGCCUGAGAGGUCCCGGCGGUUGUGGCAGCGGGGGUGCACCACCUUGGACCAGGGCUGAAACUGAACCGAUGGGGCUGCAGCGGGCUGGGGCUAAAGCUGCACCAAUGGGGCUGCAGCGGAGCAGCAGAGGAGCCUCUCAGAACGAAGACUCCUCAGCAGGUCCACGGGGUGAAUGUCUAGCACCAGAGGGGCCCCUCAGGAGCAGAGGAGUAGCAAGCUGCCAGGGGAACGGUGCAGGGAGAAGAAGAGCAGCAGAUUCGCAAGGGAAUGGUGCAGGGAGUCUUGCCACCAGGGAAGGAAACGGUGCAAAAAAAAGCUUUGCCAGGAAGGAGGAGGACAACAGGCGGGCACGCGAGUACCUGAGUGUGGUGCAAACCUCCCUGCCACUGCCGGACUUCCAAACCUUCCUCUUCCUGCUUCGGGAGUUUCGAAAAAGCCGAGCGCAGGUUCGGCAGCCCCUAGACCAGCAGCAGCAGCCCGUCGUUUCCUCUGCUUCUCAGCCAGCAGCAGCGGUGCCAGUGGGCGUUGGAGCGGUGGUGAGUGGUGGUGCAGUGUUGACCUCUCGCACUGACCUGCUGCAUUCACUGGCAUCGCUCUUUGCGGCCUCCAACCAGCUGCCGUUGCUCGCAGGGCAGGGGGAAGCAGGGAACAUGGGGAAGGAGGAGCAGGGGAAGGCGGAGGGGGAGCAGGGGCUGGGGAAGCAGGGAGAGGGGGAGCAGGGGGAAGGGGAGCGCGGGGAACGGGGGGAAUCCGGAGCGGCGGAGUGCGCGUGGGGUAUUUUUCAAGAGUCGAUGCUCGACGUUGGGUGGCAUUUUUUGUCCGUAGCGACCAACGCGUCGUGCUCCAGCAAGGACCAGGCGUUUGCAGCGGGAUACGCGGAGGGGCAGCUGACGUCACUCCCCAUGCAGCAGCAUUUCGUUAACGAAUUCGGCAAGUUAAAACGCUCCCCACGCCUGCUGCAGUACCUGCAAACGAAUCGUGCUUAUAUGGAGGAUAUGGUCGCUGCCGCCGACGCUGGUGACGUGGCAGACGAGGAUAGAACGUACUGGUGGCAGGUGGGUCUGGUGCUGGAGCAGGUGAGGGGGCUGCAUAUGGGCUUUAACGAUGCAGUCAAGCCUGAAGAGAGGCUGCAAGCCAUCGACUUUGACAUCAUGAAUCUGCACGGGGAUAUCCAGGAUCUACAGUACGUACUCGAUAUAGCGCAUGCUGCACAAGCGGACCGUGCCAGCAUUGACGCGGAUGGGAACAAUAGUGGAAGCAGAAGCGAUGGGGCCGAUGGGGGCGGCAGUGGGGGCAGCAAGGGGGGCGAGGGUGGGGAGGAAAGGCUUAUGCUCGUCUUCCCAGAUGCAUGCUCUGCCAUCAUCAAGCUACUGCCAGGCAACGCUGACCUGCUCACGGCUCAAGCCACGUGGACUCGCCUCGAGACCAUGCUUCGCAUCUACAAGUCAGUCCUGGAGUGGAUUCGCAACGUGGUGGCCAACCGGGUGGCGAGCAGCGGGCGGCAAUGGGUGGACGUAUUCUCGCGGCACAACAGCGGCACGUACAACAACCAGUGGAUGGUCGUGGAUUACAAGCUCUUUCAACCAGGCCUACCUCCCCCGGAUGACACCCUCUGGGUGCUGGAACAAUUACCAGGGCACAUUGUAGCGGAGGAUAUGAGCGCCCACCUUCGAUCUGAGGGCUACUGGGCGUCGUACAACAACCCCUCCUUCCCCGCCAUUUUCAACCUCAGUGGAUUCGCUGAUCUGGAGCGGCGCCAUGGCUCGUGGUUCUCCCACUCGCAGUGCCCCCGGGCCAAGCUGUUCCGCAGGGACCAGGGCAAGGUGCGUGCAGAACAACUUGGUUCGGGGCCAGUGCAAGAGGGGGGAGUGAUGGGGGGAUGGAUGGGUGCGUGGGUGGGCGCGUGGGUGGGCAUGUGGGCGGGCGGUUGGGCAAGUGGGUUGUUGUCACUCAUGGUAGAAGGGCAGCAGUGCUAG